AUGGAACUUGCCAUUGUUCUGGGGCACAGCAAGGGCCCAUGGCUGAUGAUGGCGCUGGCUGUUGGCACAAUGCAUGUAUUGACAGCCCAGUCGCAUCCUGCAGCAGUUUGGGCAGUGCUGGCGGGGAAGGUCCUGCAGCUGGCAGUGCUGCCCCUUGCGCUACAGCUGCCCUUCUCACAGCACUUGGCUGUGCAGGCAGCAUGCCUUACGGCUUCGCUGAUGGGCCUCCCCUGGGAUUGUGCCAACAUCAUGAGUCAGGUGCUGAGUCAGCUUUCGCACCUGCUGCAAGCGCCCCUGAAGCUGCAGUCGCCAGCCAUGCCGCCGGAGCAGGCCUGCCCAUGCGUGCUCGGCUUCGCGCAUACAAUGCUUGGCUUUGUCCUGCCGAGCAUCGUGCUGUACCUCUUAGAAGCCCAGGAGAGAGGGGCCUUCCGGCGACUCAAGCGCGAAGGCCCCGGCCGCACUGAGCUUGGGCUGUGUUUGCUGGAGGUUAUUCUGAUCCCUUCGCUGCUGCUCUCACUGGCUGCUGUUAUUGUCUGGGAAGCCGCUGUUGCCCUGGCAGCCCACCUGCACUGA